GCAGAGGCCCAGGUGGAAGGAAGUAGUUCCCCGUGGACGAGUAACCACGAUUCGGGACAACGAACCUGGAUGGCACCUAAUACUUCCACCGAACGAGUUCACGUCUUUUCAGUCGAGACAAUCAGGAGAAACUAAAGCAGCAGGUCUGUUCCCAUCUAAAUGUGAGGAAACAAUCGGAGUCAACGAAUUUAAAUCUUAUCAUGAAGCCCAGAUUAAGUGUUUCCGGCAACUCUCACCUGUUACCUUGAACUUCAGUAAAGACAGGAUGAUGAAAUGAGAUAAGGGGACGUCUGGAGGAGCUCAGCCCCUUCAACCUCCCUUCCCUCUGCAGCAUGGCGGGCCUGCAGCUGGUCACCCCUGCCACGUCACCCAUGGGGCCGUUCGUUGGUCUGCCGUGGCAGCAGGAGGCCAUCCAUGACAACAUCUACACCCCCAGGAAAUAUCAGGUUGAACUUCUCGAAGCAGCUCUUGAACGCAACACUAUCGUCUGCUUGAACACCGACUCAGGGAAGACUUUCAUUGCAGUACUUCUAACUAAAGAGCUCUCCCACCAAAUCCGAGGGAGCUACCAGGAGAACGCCAGGAGGACGGUGUUCCUGGUGAACUCAGCUUCGUCUGUGGUCCAACAAGCGGCUGCGGUGAGAACUCACUCAGACCUUCAGGUGGGAGAGUACACGGACUGGAAGGAUGUGUCGGCAUGGACGGAGCAGCAAUGGAGUGAGGAGAUAUCUGAGAAUCAGGUGCUGGUGAUGACAUGCCACAUUUUCCUGCACAUUCUGAGGACCAAGAUCUUACCUCUGUCUAAGAUCAACCUGGUGGUGUUUGACGAUUGUCACCUGGCCAUCACAGAUCACCCAUAUGGUGACAUCAUGAAGCUGUUUGAGGAGUGCACUUGUGGUCCUCGAAUCCUUGGCCUCACUGCUUCCAUCCUCAACGGGAAGUGUGACCCGUCAGAACUGGAGCAGAAGAUCCAGAAUCUGGAGAGGAUUCUGAAGAGCAAAGCUGAGACCGCCACUGACCUGGUGGUCCUUGACAGGUACACGUCCCAGCCGAGGGAAGUGGUGCUGGACUGUGGUCCCUACGUGGAUAAAAGUGGGCUCUCAUCCCAUUUGCAGGCGGAGCUGGAUGAAGCUCUACACUUCCUUAAUGACUGCAACAUCCGUGUUUCCAGAGAGGACCGGGACCCCACGUUUAUCUCCAAACAGAUCCUGAGCGACUGCCGAGCCGUGCUGCAGGUUCUGGGUCCCUGGUGUGCCGACAAGGCCGCAGGCAUCAUGGUGCGUGAGCUGCAAAAGUACAUCAAACACGAGCAGGAGGAGCUGAACCGUAAGUUCCUGCUCUUCACCGACACCAUCCUGCGUAAAGUCCACGCUCUGUGCGAAGAGCAGUUCUCUCCUGCCUCCCUGGACCUGAAGUUCGUCACGCCGAAAGUCCUGCGGCUGCUCGAGAUCCUGCACGAGUACAAGCCUCUGGAGCGGCAGCAGUUUGAGAGUGUCGAGUGGUACAACAACCGCAACCAGGACAACUACGUGUCCUGGAGCGACUCGGAGGAUGAAGACGAGGACGAGGAGGUGGAGGCUAAAGAUAGGCCCGAGGCUAACUUUCCCUCACCAUUCACCAACAUCCUGUGUGGGAUCAUCUUUGUGGAGAGGCGGUACACGGCGGUGGUCCUGAACCGUCUGAUCAAAGAGGCGGGGAAGCAGGACCUGGAGCUGGCUUACAUCAACAGUAACUUCAUCACGGGCCACAGCAUCGGGAAGAACCAGCCGAGGAACAAACAGAUGGAGGUUGAGUUUAGGAAACAGGAGGAGGUCCUCAGAAAGUUCAGAGCUCAUGAAACCAACCUACUGAUUGCCACCAGCAUCGUGGAGGAAGGUGUCGAUAUCCCAAAGUGUAACCUGGUGGUGCGCUUCGACCUACCCACUGACUACAGGUCCUACGUUCAGUCCAAGGGUCGAGCCCGGGCCCCUGUCUCCAACUACAUCAUGCUGGCAGAUUCCAAGAGGACCAAAAGCUUUGAGGAGGAUCUGACCACCUAUAAGGCCAUCGAGAAGAUCCUGAGAAAUAAAUGCUCCAAGUCUGUGGAGGUGGGUGAGUUUGAAGCAGAUCAGGUGUUGGAUGAUGAUAGCAUCAUGCCUCCAUACGUCUUGCAGUCUGAGGAUGGAGGUCCGCAGGUCACCAUCAACACCGCCAUUGGACAUAUUAACAGGUAUUGUGCUCGGCUGCCGAGUGACCCAUUCACUCACCUCGCUCCGAAAUGUAAAACUAAGGAGCUGCAGGACAGACGCUUCCAAUCCACCCUCUACCUACCCAUAAACUCUCCUCUGAGAGCUCCUGUCAAGGGUCCCGUCAUGAACUGCGCGCGGCUGGCAGAAAAAGCUGUCGCACUGCUCUGCUGCGAGAAGCUCCACAAAAUCGGUGAGCUGGACGAUCACCUGAUGCCUGUGGGGAAGGAGACGGUGAAGUACGAGGAGGAGCUGGACCUCCACGAUGAGGAGGAGACCAACGUCCCAGGUCGACCCGGCUCCACCAAGAGGAGGCAGUGCUACCCUAAAGCCAUACCGGAGUGUCUGCAGGACAGCUACGCCCUCCUGAAGCAGACGUACUACCUGUAUGUCAUCGGGAUGGUCCUCACCACGCCCCUCCCUGAUGAACUCAACUUCCGCAGGAGGAAACUGUACCGACCAGAGGACACCACCCGCUGCUUUGGCAUCCUGACUGCCAAACCCAUACCUCGAAUCCCCCAUUUCCCAGUGUACACUCGUUCGGGCGAGGUUACGAUCUCCAUCGAGCUACAGAAAUGUGGCUUCACGCUCAGCGCAGCCCAGCUGGACCUCAUCACCCGCAUGCACCAGUACAUCUUCUCCCACAUCCUCCGCCUGGAGAAACCUGCACUGGAGUUCAAGCCCACGCAGGCUGACUCAGCUUACUGCGUUCUACCUCUGAAUGUUGUUGGAGAUUCAUUCACUCUAGACAUGGACUUUAGGUUCAUGGAGGACAUUGAGAAGUCUGAGGCCCGCACAGGCAUUCCUACCACUAAAUACACCAAGCAGAACCCCUUCAUCUUCAAGUUGGAGGACUACCAGGAUGCUGUCAUCAUUCCAAGGUAUCGUAACUUCGACCAGCCUCAUCGUUUCUAUGUGGCCGACGUGUACACAGAUUUGACGCCACUCAGCAAGUUUCCCUCGCCAGAGUAUGAGACCUUCGCAGAGUACUACAAAACCAAGUACAACCUGGACUUAUCCAACCUGAACCAGCCGCUGCUGGAUGUGGACCACACCUCCUCCAGGCUGAACCUGCUGACCCCCCGACACCUGAACCAGAAGGGCAAAGCUUUGCCUCUGAGCAGCGCUGAGAAAAGGAAAGCCAAGUGGGAGAGUCUGCAGAACAAACAGAUCCUGGUUCCGGAGCUGUGUGCCAUCCACCCCAUUCCCGCCUCCCUGUGGAGGAAAGCCGUGUGUCUUCCCAGCAUCCUGUACCGCCUCCAUUGCCUGCUGACUGCCGAGGAGCUGCGAGCUCAGACUGCCACUGAGGCCGGAGUGGGGGCGCAAACCCUCCCCCCAGACUUCAGGUAUUCGAACCUGGACUUUGGCUGGAAGAGAUCCAUCGAUAUCAAGACUCUCAGCUCCUGUCCCGAGUCCUGCAGCGAUGACGCUGACUGUAUGCACCAGAGUCUCACCCCCUGUGGCCACCAGGGGACACAUAUUGCCCCCUGUCCCAGAGAGGGCCACUGCACACAGAACUUAACUAACGGCACGGCCAUCGACGAUGACGGCCACCGAGAUGAGCACCUUCAGCAACCUGACAGCCACCAAGGCUGUAGCUCCUUUGAGUCCAAACACGACACUACCUCAGCUCCCAUGCAGCCCCCCUUCAGCUCCAGUUCUCCCCAGCCCAGCCAUGAAUGUACUCGUGCCAAUGAAACUACCUCAGACAGCGAGCCAGGAGCCCCUCGCCCUGACCUCACUGUAGCCAGAGACUCCCCCAGGAACCUGGGACCAAACCCAGGCCUGAUCCUGCAGGCGCUGACUCUGUCUAAUGCCAGCGAUGGCUUCAAUCUGGAGCGCCUGGAGAUGCUUGGAGACUCCUUCCUGAAGCACGCCAUCACCACCUACCUGUUCUGCACCUACUCUGACGCCCAUGAGGGCCGCCUCAGCUACAUGCGCAGCAAAAAGGUGAGCAACUGUAACCUGUACCGUCUGGGGAAGAAGAAAGGACUCCCCAGCAGGAUGGUAGUGUCCAUUUUCGACCCCCCAGUUAACUGGCUGCCUCCUGGAUACGCGGUGAACCAGGACAAGAGCAGCACCGACAGAAUGGACUCUGUUGAGGCCAGAGAGGAGCUGGUGUCCAAUGGGAGGUCUGGGAAUGACUUCGAUGACGAGGAGCGGGACGAUGAGUGUGAGGAUGAGGACGAAGAAGAACUGAUGCUGAAGGACGAGCCGAAGUACGACGUCAACAUGGAGGAUGAUCUGGAGUACUACAAGGAGCACAUCCGCUUCAUCGACAACAUGCUGCUGGGCUCGGGAGCCUUCGGGAAGAAAAUCUCUCUUAGCGGCUUCCCCCACUCCCCCAGCCCUGUCUCGGGCUCCUCCCCCUCCAUGGACCCCUCCUACGAAUGGAAGCCCCCCAAGAAGCCCACUCACCCAGCUGAGCAGGUACAUGUGGCUGAGGAGUUUGACUACAGCUCGUGGGACGCCAUGUGCUACCUGGACCCCAGCAAGGCGGGGGAGGAGGACGACUUCGUGGUGGGCUUUUGGAACCCGUCGGAAGAGAACUGCGGCACGGAGCUUGGGAAGCAGUCCAUCUCUUAUGACCUGCACACGGAGCAGUGCAUCGCUGACAAGAGCAUCGCCGACUGUGUGGAGGCUCUGCUGGGCUGCUACCUGACCAGCUGUGGGGAGAGGGCCGCCCAGAUGUUCUUGUGCUCGCUGGGCCUCAAGGUUUUACCGGUGGAGCGGGCGACCCAGACAUCGUCAUUAGUUUUGGUGCGGAGCGGUCAGACUCUAACCGUGGACCUGACGUAUGGCUGGCUGAAGAUCCCGCCCCGCUGCAUGCUGAAUCACCCAGACGCAGAGCGAACGUUGCAGCACCUCAUCUCUGGGUUUGAAAACUUUGAGAGGAAGAUCAACUACACGUUCCAGAACAAGGCGUACCUGCUGCAGGCCUUCACCCACGCCUCCUACCACUACAACACCAUCACAGAUUGUUACCAGCGGUUGGAGUUCCUUGGCGAUGCAAUCCUAGACUACCUCAUAACAAAGCACCUUUACGAAGACCCGCGGCAGCACUCGCCAGGCGUGCUGACCGACCUGCGCUCGGCGCUCGUCAACAACACCAUCUUCGCCUCGCUGGCAGUCAAAUACGACUACCACAAGUACUUCAAGUCCAUCUCACCGGAGCUGUUCUACGUCAUUGAUGACUUUGUGCAGUUUCAGCUGGAGAAGAACGAGAUGCAGGGCAUGGACUCUGAGCUGCGACGUUCUGAAGAAGACGAGGAGAAAGAGGAGGAUAUCGAGGUCCCGAAGGCCAUGGGGGACAUUUUUGAGUCCCUGGCUGGAGCCAUUUACAUGGACAGCAGGAUGUCCCUGGAGACGGUGUGGCAGGUCUAUUAUCCAAUGAUGAGGCCUCUCAUAGAGAAAUUCUCUGCCAAUGUGCCACGCUCUCCUGUCAGGGAGCUUCUUGAGAUGGAACCAGAAACUGCCAAGUUCAGCCCUGCAGAGCGCACAUACGACGGGAAGGUGCGUGUGACGGUGGAGGUGGUCGGGAAGGGCAAGUUCAAAGGAGUGGGCCGCAGCUACAGAAUCGCCAAGUCGGCGGCGGCUCGACGAGCGCUGCGCAGCCUCAAAGCCAAUCAACCUCAGGUCCAAAACAACUGAGCUGUGAGCUCGCAGCAUUAGCACCUACCGGAGCCCACAGCGUGGCGUCCUGCAGCCUCCAACAGGAACGGGGUGUGGAGACGCCACAGCAGAACACGCUGAGCUCACAUCACAUCGUUUCAUCAUUUCAUCGUUUCGUUUGCGCAGACACAAUCUUUCCUUUCUGCUUCGCAUGAUCACAUGACUGCUUUACUGUCGGUGUGUGGACGAGCUCAGGUGUGCUGCUGCACCUGAGACCAGCCUCAUCGUAGUGUUUAGUCUGAACAAACUGAAAUCAGAGGAAGAAGAAACGCUGGUUCUGCUCGGUGUGAGACGGUUCUGAUACCACUGCAGCUGCUGCCGCUCCGUCUCCUCCUCUGACGGCGCUCCUGAUCAGAUUUGCACUUAUUCCAUCGGUUUUCUUCACGAACACGUGGUCUCUUUGACGCCAAAUCAUCUUCGUAGCGAAGUGAACGUACCUGAAAACUGUAGACUCUAACGAGACCUCGGAACGCCGAGGCCGUCCCUCGUGUCCGAUAGGAAUCCCAACAUUCCCAGUUACUGUAGUUUCCCAGCAGCGCACUUUGUUACAUGUUGUUGUAGCUUUUGUAGAAACAACAAACGGCUUUUUAUUAAUGAGCGGUGGCGCAUUGGAGUCGUCGCCAUGGAGGCUUUCGAGCUGAACCAGCAGUCAAGCAGGGGCGUGGUUUCUUGGCUGUUGCCAUGGAGACAUGGGUGACGUCAGACUGACUUGCCACACUCAACAUGGGGUGGAGUUUGGUGGCUGUUGCCAUGGAGACAUGGGUGGAAUCGAUCUAAAAUAUCAAGUCAUUAUUGGGGG